AUGAUUGUUGCAAUGCAGGCUCUUGAACAUAGUGGUACGUGGGAGUUAGUUCCACUCCCUCCUGGUAAACAACCAGUUGGUUGUAGAUGGGUCUACGCCAUUAAAGUUGGGCCUGAUAGUACUGUUGAUCAACUCAAAGCUAGAUUGGUGGCCAAGGGAUAUACUCAAAUUUAUGGCUUAGAUUAUGGUGAUACCUUUUCUCCUAUAGCCAAAAUCCCUAUAGUUUGUCUCUUCCUUACUAUGGCAACCAUUCGACAUUGGCCUCUCCACCAAUUAGAUAUUAAAAAUGCGUUUCUUCGUGGGGAGUUGGACGAGGAGAUUUACAUGGAGCAACCUCUUGGGUUUGUAGCUCAGGGGGAGUCUAGUUUAGAAGGCAUUGUGAUUUCACAAAGGAAAUAUGCUGUUGAUAUCUUGAAGGAAAUUGGCAUGUUGGAUUGCAAGCCCAUUGAUAGUCCUAUGGAUCCUAACCAAAAGUUGAUGGCUGAUCAAGGUGAAUUAUUUACAGACCUAGAGAGAUAUAUCAAAAAGGCUCCAGGACAAGGAUUAUUGUAUGAGGACAAAGGAGACAACCACAUUUCUGGCUAUUGUGAUGCUGAUUGGGCUAGUUGUCCUAUAGACCGACAUUCCACUACUGGCUACUGUGUAUUCCUAGGUGGAAAUCUCAUAUCUUGGAAGAGUAAGAAGAAAAAUGUUGUUGCCCAAUCUAGUACUGAGGCUGAAUAUCGUGCUAUGGCCUUAAUUACCUUAUUUCAUGAGAGAACUAAACAUAUAGAAGUUGACUAUCAUUUUGUUAGAGAGAAGCUGCUGUCUAAGGAAAUUGUCACUGAAUUUGUCACAUCCAUUGAACAACUUGCAGAUGUUAUGACUAAGUCUUUGAAGGGGCCUCGCAUUUAG